AUGCAACAAACCUCUGCCUUCGCCCUCCCGUCGUCCUCGGACAUCGACAGUGCCACUCGUCACGGCCACCAUGUUGUCGCUCCCAACCAGGUCUCGGACCGCCGCAACUCCACCCGCGCGGGCAGUUUGUCCGACAUGCCCCCCGCUUUCGCCGACUUCCCGUUGACCGACGACGCCUCCCUCUCCCACCGUGGCAGCAUCAGCACCGAUGAGAACUCCAACGACUCCCCCGAGUCUUGGGAAGGCGACGGCACUUGCGACGGCUCCCCCGCCGCCGACGUCGACGUCAAAAUCCACGACGCCUCCCAUCCCCUGCCCGAAGCGCCCUUCUCCGCCACCUCGCUGGUCGCAUCCAAGGCCUUUGGCUUCAACAUGAUCGCUGCGCACGAUCCGGACUUCGCCAUGGGCGACGUCACCCCCAAGGUGGAAGAGGUCGACGACGCGGAGGAUUUGCAGAGUAUCAAACCCUUGGGUGUGGAGACGCCGAUGGCCAGUGCGGACUCUGCCCAGCGGGAUGCCACGGCUGCUCCCGUCAACGUUCCACGGAAACGUGGACGGCCACGCAAACACCCUCUCCCGGUUCCUGGCGGUCAAGCCAAAAUCACAAAGGGUCGGUCCAAGACGGGGUGUAUUACGUGCCGCCGACGGAAGAAGAAAUGCGACGAGACCAAGCCAGCGUGUUUAAACUGUCAGAAGAAUGCCGUCGUGUGUGAAGGGUACCCUCCGAAGGAAAUCUGGAAGAGCGGAAAGCAGAAGCUGGAGGAUGCCGCUCGAAACCAAUCCAUCAUCUCCCGCACUCUUCCGCUCCUCAUCGACGGUAUCGAGACCGACAUCGAUCGACGCUUCCUCGACCAUUUCGUAUACGGCUUCAGUCGGGUUCUAACAUUAAUCAACGAUGACUCCAAUCCAUUCAAGGAAAUCCUCCUCCCGAUGGCUACCCAACACCGCGGCCUGAUGCAUUCGCUCAUGUGCCUCUCCGGGUCACAUUUGUCCGGCCUCGACCCCGAGCCACGUCUGAAGGAGCGAAAGUACCAUCACUUUCACCGCGCCAUCUGCGACCUCAAGGAUAACAUCACCAAGAAAUCGAGCAAGCCGGGCGAGGAGCCCGAACUUCUGGUGGAGGAUCCCAUUAUCGCUUCAACUAUUGCUCUCAGUUUGAAUACGAUCUGCGAAGGGGAGACAAACGGCGAGUACCGGCCACACAUGGAUGCGGCGAGGUAUUUGUUGGUGACCCAAAAGCCACGAAAUGAAAAGUUCCGCCAGUUCAUCGUGGAGUUCUUCCAAUAUCACGACGUCUCGAAUUCGAUUACCUCUUUGGAUCGACGUCCGGCCCAUCUCAACGGCGACUUGCGGCUGCCGGAUUUUGUCCCUCAUGCACAGGCUGGAAUGUUCCUGGGUGUGUUUGACGGUUUGUUCAACUACAUCUCGGAGGUGACUCGUCUGCGGGAUCGCAUCCGCCAGCGACACAGUGAGGGAUACGAGCCGGCUGUGGAUUAUCAGAUCCUGAGCGAGGCAGUGUCCAUCGACUCGGCCAUUCGGGUAUGGGAAACGUCGCACGCCGCCAACACCCCCAACUGGUACCUGGCCCAACUCUACCGACAAUCCACCUGGGUAUAUCUAUACCGCACGAUCCGGCCGUCCCGACCUAGCGACAAGAUCGCCCAGGUGGUCGACGAUGGGCUAUCGUACCUGGAUCAGCUCCCGCAGGACGCGGGUGCGUAUAGUAUUGUCUUGAUGCCGCUGUUCUUGCUGGGAUGCUCGGCAUUCCUCCCCCGUCAGCGCGAGCGAAUCCAGAAAGGAUUUGAGUCACUCAAGUCCUACUCCAACCUGCGCAAUAUCGAACCGGCUUUCAAGGUGGUCCAAAAGGUCUGGGAGGUGAUGGACACCAAAACGGAAGAUAGUUGGGAUUGGGAGAAGAUCAUCAAAGACAUGAACAUGGAUUUCCUCAUUACGUGA